ACUUCGAUACGUCGACAAUUACUGACUCUUUCCAACCUCGUGUUCUCGUGAAAAUGCCAGCCAAAAAGCCAACGGAGAAAUCCGCCAAGCCCGGCGACAAAAAGCCAGAGCAAAAGAAGCCUGCUGCCGCGGCCCCCGCUUCCGGAAAAAAGGAGGCACCUGCUGCAGCUGCUGCACCCAAGAAGGCCGCUGCACCCGCUAAGAAGCCAGCUACCGCUGCUCCUGCCAAGAAACCAGCAGCAGCUGGUGUUAAAAAACCCACAGCAGUGAAGAAGCCAGCAACCAAGGCCAAGCCCAAGACUAAGGAUGCCAAGAAAAAGGUUGCAGCUGGUAAGAAACCCCAGUCUGUGUUGGCCAAGCUCUCUGCCAAGGCGCGCGCCGCUGCCAAGGCAAAGAAGCCCGCUGGCAAGGCUGGUGCCAAACCGCAAAAGGGUACUGCAAAGGCUAAAGCUGUUGCUCUGCUGAACGCUAAAAAGGUGCAGAAGAAGAUUGUCAAGGGCGCUUUUGGUACACGCACACGCAAGGUCCGCACCAACGUGCACUUCCGUCGUCCCAACACCUUGAAGCUUCCACGCAACCCCAAAUACCCAAGGAAGUCGGUGCCAACCAGGAACCGCAUGGAUGCUUACAAUAUCAUUAAAUACCCGUUGACUACGGAAGCAGCCAUGAAGAAGAUCGAAGACAACAACACUUUGGUCUUCCUAACACAUCUGCGUGCGAACAAGAAUCACGUGCGCGCUGCAGUACGCAAGCUUUAUGACAUCAAGGUUGCCAAGGUCAACAUCCUGAUCAGACCCGAUGGUCAAAAGAAGGCUUAUGUGCGCCUGGCGCGUGACUACGAUGCUCUAGACAUUGCUAACAAAAUCGGCAUCAUAUAAACAACCAAGGUGGAAACGUGGAUUUUCUACAUAGAAUUUUUCUAAUGAUAAUAUCUAAGAUGACAGAUAGUGCUGGGAUUAUCGUUUCCAUGUUGUCUGAGUUUAAUAAAAACAUGAAAAAUAAAAACUA